CUGUAGACGCGUGCGGUUCGCUUUGAAUGUUCCAGUUCGGUUCUGUUUUCACUCACUCAUCGUCGUGCCAAAGAGUGCUGAAGAGUGCAAGAACAGAAAAAUAAACAAUUCCAUCCGAUUCUAUCGGGCCCAAAGAGAGGAGUGGAUACUGUAGUGUUGGAAUUUUAAGUGCAUAUACAAACAAUGACGACAGCCAAAUGGAUUUGGCGCUUGGCGCUAAACAUCAUCUUGUUGGCAUUAUGCGGGGUCCACGCCGAGAAGCCCAGCGGGUAUUAUCGACAAGUUUGUGAAUCCCGCAAAGGAAAACUGAUUCAGCCAAACAGCGCGUAUCGAAGCCGCUUACUGGCACUGCGCGAACAAAUGCAAAUUCGAGCCUCACUUGUGGGUCCCGAAAUCUAUGGCUACAUAUUGCCCUCGACGGAUGACCAUCUCAACCAGGAGGUGGCUGCCCGCGAUCAGCGUUUGCGGUAUCUCAGUGGAUAUACGGGAGUGCGAGCUUUUGCGGCGAUCACUCAUCGGGGGGCAGCUAUUUGGUUGGAGAACCGUUAUGCCCAGCAGGCAGAUGGCGAACUCGAUUGCGACUGGGAGAUAUAUUUGGCAAAUAGCACGGUCAGCAUAGCCGACUGGCUCGGCAGUCAGCUGCACCUGGACAAGCGGGUUGGUGCUGAUCCGCAGCUUGUUGCGCACCAUUUGUGGGUGACCUGGGAACGCGAGCUCGAGGAUAGAUUCUUAAAGCUCGUUAAAGUCAACAACAAUUUGGUGGAUCUGAUAUGGGGUGUGGAUCGCCCCGCGCCACCCAAGAAUCAUGUAAUCCAGGUGCAAGUGCAAGACUUUGCUGGUGAGCAUUGGCAAGAUAAGGUGAAGGAGCUGCGUAGACGGCUGGCGCAUCUGGGCUGCGAUGCCAUGGUGGUCACAUCUCUAACGGAGAUUUCAUAUCUCUUAAACAUACGCGGUACAGACAUACCCUAUACGCCCGUGGUGAAGUCGUAUGCCAUCGUGACUCCGAAUGAUAUUUUCUUUUAUGUGGAUCAUGACAAGAUUAGCCUGGGCAUUGACUUACAUUUACGCACGGAUUGCUUCAAUGAGGAUUGCGUCAAGAUAAAGGAGUACCAUCAAAUCUGGAGCGAUAUUCGCACUUAUGUUCAAAAAUGGAAACGUGUGCUCGUACCAGCUCCUUGUGUCCAAGAGCUGGGAGCCACCGAAGCCAUUCACGUUGCUGUGGGAGAUACAAUUGUGGAGCACAUCUCUCCUAUCAUAUUUAUGCGCGCCCAAAAGAACUCCGAUGAGCAGGCUGGCAUGAGGAGGGCACACGUUAAGGAUGGGGCAGCCAUUUGCGAGGCCAUGAGUAACCUGGAGACCAGAUUCAACACGGAACAGUGGACCGAGGAGAAAAUCAAAUACGAAAUCGAGCUGUGGCGACUUUCUCAAAAGCAUGCCAAAGGACUAUCGCUACGCACUGUGGUCGCUUAUGGCGAGCACUCGGCUCUGCCCUAUUAUAUAUCCAGCAAUGUGACCAAUAUUGAGGUGUCGGACCAGAGUUUGUUGGUCAUUGAAUCGGGUGGCCAGUAUCUGGAGGGCACGACGGAUGUGUCACGCACGUUUAUCUUCGGCCAACCCACUAACGAGAUGAAGAAAGCCUACACAAAUGUACUGGCGGGCAUUUUGCAUUUGGCUCAACUGAAGUUUCCAGCCGACUUAAAACCCUCCGAGGUGGAUGCUCUCGUCCGCAGCAUGGUGUGGAAGGAUAUGACAGAUUAUCCACAGGCCACAGGACAUGGCAUUGGCGCCUAUGGCUCGGUGGAGGAACCUCCCAUCUCGGUGGCUUACGGAAAGAACAGCAGUUUCCACUUUAAGCGCGGUUACUUCUUCUCGAGUGAGUCCGGCUAUUACAAACGCGAUGACUUUGGCGUGCGCUUGAAGAACGUUCUUGAGGCGAUCGAUACGGGGCACACACAUCCCAGUGGGGCUCACUUUCUAGCAUUCCAAGAUGUCACGUUAGUGCCAUAUGAGCCUAAACUGAUAGACAGCACACUUCUAAGUGCUGUAGAGAAGCGUCUGCUGAACGACUAUAAUGCUAAGAUUAGAAAUGAGGUCGGCGACGAACUGAAGCGGUUGGGUAACAUGAAAGCCUUCUACUGGAUGAUGAACAAGACGCGACACAUACGGGAAUAUUUGCCGGAGGAUGAGUAUCGUGCAGCCACUGGAGGAGCAAGCCACAGGACACAAAGCUAUCAAAACUAUGCCCUAACGAUUAUUACUUCUAUGCCAGUCAUCUGGAUUGUGUCCAGAUCAUAAAUUUAAUUCAGGUGUGUGUGUGUGUAAGUGUGUAGGUGCGUGUGUGUGUCUGUGUAUGUUACUGUAGUUUUAGUUAGUUAUGCAAGUUUAAUAUUACUACAACUAAAAUAAAUCGACGAGGGCUAACAUCCAACUAGAACUUUCUUACCAAAAUUCAACCACUGCUGUAUAGUAGACAUACUUAAUCCCACACGAAAAUCCGAAUCGAGAUACGUAAUUUCAAAAUGUAUAAAACUAAUUAUAAUCAACCAAAAAUAUGUUAUUAUUAAUACCUAUAAUAUCUCUUUAUGUUUAAGCGAUAACCCUGUAUAUUUUUUUAUCUAAAUGUGAUUAAAUAUGAAACUGUCAAAAUU